AUGUUGACUUCCGCGGCAACCUUCUCGCUUUUGGCCUCAAUGGCCGCCGCCGCUGCGGUCCAAACCCCUCAACAGUUGCUCGUACAGGAUGCAACAAUUCCAACCAUCAACCAGACAACCUUCAGAAAAUUCGCCAUUGAAGACAUGAGCGACGCAAAAUUCCGUCUGCACCACCAUGCCGCUAAAACCUUGCUGGGCGAAGAUUCCUACCUCCUGCUGCGCACAGCAGAACUCGACGCCAGGGAAAACGACAUCUGGCAAUAUCUCUGGGAAAAUGAAUGGGACUGUGGAGAUUGGUACAGCGGGGACGGGGACGAGGACGAGGACGAUCAUUACACGCCCAAGGUUUACAUGUCUGAUGGCCGCGUUUUUGAUGCCGACCCGAAGAGUGUGCCGCAGCAAGUAAUUGAUGCGCUGGAAAAGCUUAGCGAGAGCGAGUGGAAGGUGCGCAGAGAGUUGCAGAACGAGCGAUACUGCAAUGCCAAUGUCAACCAUACCAACGACGCAUCCGACGAGCACUUCGGCAAGUCUUCUAAAACCGAUGCGAAGCCCGUUUCUGAGCCAAAGUGGAAGGCCGAAGUNCCGGAACAGUACUUGCAGUACCUGAUCCCUGAAAGCGUGCUGCAAGAGGAGAGAAAAGCAUCGGUCGAUGCAUGGAAGGCCAAGGAUGAGAAGCACAAGCAAGAUAUCUUGGCUGGCAGAGUUUCGGUCAGAAACACGAAGAUGCCUGAUCUUUUAAAGUGCGAGAAGAUGGAACCUCCGAUUUUUGAUGACGAGUACUAG